AUGAUGAACAACUCGGAUGCCGAGGCUGCUGUACCUCCCUCAAACAUCACUGUGACCUUCCCACCGGGAACCAAAAUACUGGAGGAUGGUUCGCGCAAUACUGGACACGGCGAUGGCCAUUUGGUGUUUAUUCCAACACCUUCUGACGAUCCAGAUGACCCAUUGAAUUGGUCUAAGGCGCGCAAAUAUAUCAAUUUCGGCAUCAUCUCUUGGUAUACCUUUAUGAUAUUUGUCAUUUUGGAUGUUGGAGGGGUCUGCUGGGGCAUCUGGGUUGAAUUAUGGAAUACUACUUUCAACGACCUGAAUAACAUCUACGGGGCCAAUCUUGCCGGAUUGGCCAUGGGAUGUGUUCUAUUCAUACCAUUUGCGCUGAAGUAUGGCCGCCGAGUUGUCUACAUCUUCAGUGUCACAGUUACUCUGGCGUGUACCAUCUGGAUGUCCCAAGUGAACGGUGUGGUAUCCUUGGUACUUGCCAACCUCUUUUCUGGUCUGGCAGGUGCGGUCAGUGAAGCUUUGGUGCAAAUGACGGUCGCCGAUAUCUUCUUCGUGCACGAACGAGGCACCUUCAACGGCAUUUAUCUCAUCAUGACCUCGGCUGGGGCAUAUCUCGGCCCAGUAGCUUCGGGGUACAUGGUUGAUGGCCAAGGCUGGAGGUGGUUGUACUACUGGUGUACAAUCGGUAUAGCCAUCAGCUUCAUCUCGAUUGUCUUCUUCUAUGAAGAAACCAAGUUCGUUCCCGCUUUGACAGGCCAGAGCAGCACCCCCAACCCUAGCCAAAUUCAAGAGCCACUGGAAGAUGCGAAGGAUAACACGGUUACCAGCGUCGCAACUCGAACAUCUGUCAUCGAUUACACCAAGCCAAUGAAAACAUACCGGCAACGAAUGGCACUAUUCACAACCACGCCUGGUUCUCUAUCGACCUUCCUUCGCCACGGUUAUCAGCCUUUCAUCGUCUUGUUCACUAUUCCAUCCGUGUUUUUGAUUUCUAUAAUCUAUUCUGGACUUCUGGCCUGGCUUUCGCUCAUCUUAGUGACCGAGACAGCGAUUUUCAACUUACCUCCCUACAGCUUUUCUGCGUCUGCGGUAGGCCUUCUAUACUUGGCAGGUUUCACAGGAUCACUUAUUGGUGCUGUGUAUGGAGGUCCGUUGAGCGAUUGGUCAAUUGUAUACUUGGCCAAACGGAAUGGAGGCAUCUACGAGCCAGAAAUGAGACUCUACAUGUCACUCUUCCCGAUGAUUCUAGGCCCUGGGGGGAUCUUCCUCUAUGGCUACACUGCGACCAAUGGCAUGCAUUGGAUCAUACCAAACAUCGGUGUUGCCAUUUUUGCAUUCUCAUUGGUGGCCAUUUCAGAUAACGUCUUGACGUAUCUGUUAGAUUCAUACUCCGAGAUUCUUGGAGACAUCCUUACUAGCUUGGCUUUUGUGCGAAACGGAAUGUCAACACUCAUCACCUUUACGUGCGCUUUCUGGAUAGACUCGCUCGGCUAUCAGAAAACCAUUCUCAGUUUCGGUUUCUUGGCUCUUGCUACCAAUCUGCUCCUUCUACCGAUGAUAUUCUGGGGAAAGAAACUUCGAAUCAUGAGCGCUCCGAGAUAUGCCCGUAUGGCUGCGCAACAGUUUGAUCCGAGAGCAAUAUGA